UCGAUGAUUCGAUCUCAUUUUAUUGCAGAUCACCUUAUAACGACUGCAAACCACAAUGGCGGACACAGCUCCAGCCCGUGGAGGAUUCCGAGGAGGUUUUGGUGGCCGAGGCCGCGGACGUGGUGGCAGAGGACGUGGUCGCGGACGCCGAGGAGGAAAGGAGGGGGAUAAGGAAUGGGUCCCAGUCACGAAACUCGGCCGUCUCGUCAAAGAUGGAAAGAUAAAGAGUUUGGAAGAGAUCUAUUUGUACUCUCUGCCCAUCAAAGAGUUCGAGAUCGUGGACUUUUUCCUUGGGUCAUCGUUGAAGGAUGAAGUGUUGAAGAUCAUGCCCGUACAGAAACAAACUCGUGCCGGUCAGCGAACUAGAUUCAAGGCCUUUGUUGCGAUUGGGGACUACAACGGUCACAUUGGACUUGGUGUGAAAUGCAGCAAGGAAGUAGCGACUGCAAUUCGCGGAGCUAUAAUUCUGGCGAAAUUGUCCGUUAUCCCCGUGCGCCGUGGUUAUUGGGGUAACAAAAUCGCGAAGCCUCAUACUGUUCCUUGCAAGGUUGUUGGGAAGUGUGGUAGCGUUCUCGUUCGCCUGAUCCCGGCACCCCGUGGUACUGGUAUCGUUGCUGCUGCAGUGCCGAAAAAAUUGUUGCAGAUGGCUGGAAUUGAAGACUGUUACACGUCAGCCAGAGGAUCGACGUGCACUCUUGGCAACUUCGCGAAAGCAACAUACGCUGCGAUUGCGCGCACGUAUGCGUACUUGACGCCGGAUUUGUGGGAGGAGACGCGAUUCCAGAAAUCACCGUACGAAGAGCAUACGGAUUAUCUGGCCAAGCAUCACAAGCCGCUUGGCACUCAGCGCCAAGAACAGAAAGAAAGCGAGGCAGCGGAGAUAUCCCGUUCUCACUCACUUGGAAGCUUGUUCUUCCGAUCCUCUGCGAUCUCCUCGUGUAAGUCGAUGGUUUUGGACUCCAUGAAAUUCUACCGUACAGAGCAACUCCCAUGUUUUCAGGAUGUUGGAUUUGGCAUGAAGCAGUCGCUCAGUGCAGCUGCGUUAUCUUCCAAUGCCGACAUCCGCCCGUUCAGCAAAAAUGUGAAAGCUCCUGUCACUGGUGGUCUGGUGACUGCCUACGAUCCAUUUACUGCUGCGAUUGAAGGCUCUGAUCCUUUGAGUAUGUUUGCUGCUGAGGAGGAUCAGUCUUUCUCCGUGACUCAGCGGAUGAGCCACGUCGUUGAUCCGACACCAAGGGUUGGGUUAGCAUCCUCUGCAAAAUUAUCGCAGGAUCAUCUUGAAGGGCUAGAGCCUUGGCAUGCUCUGGUUGUGACGACGACCGAUCUUGUGAAAACGCAUCUGGAGCAGCUGGAUGACAUCGAGGAGGGCUCCGUAAAAGAAAUGUUGAAUCUCACUCAGCAGGAUUAUGUGAUCCGUAUUCAACAAUUGAACACUGAGCUAUCUCAUGCGUGGUCGACUGAUCAACGAGUGAAAUCCUUGAAAAUAGCUAUUCAAUGCGCAAAACUUCUCACUACACCCGACGUCCUGAACUUCUAUCCGAGCAAAUUUGUCUUGGUUACGGAUUUGCUGGACAAUUUCGGGAACUUGGUGUUCAAUCGACUCAAAAACAAGGAGUUGGAAUGUUCACAUACAAGUUCCAAUGGUUACGGUGUUGCUGAUGCGAGGGACACGGCGAGAAACUGGUUCUACAAAAUAGCUUCGAUCCGUGAAUUAAUCCCCCGGUUUUACCUCGAAACCGCCAUUUUGAAGUGCUAUCGAUUCUUCGCCGAUGGUGAUCUCGAAUGUCGACAAGCUCUGGUGCGUUUGGCGCUGAUGAAUCGUGGGAUUGGAGAUCCGUUGGUGGCAGUUUACGCGAGAAGUUACCUGUCUAAAAUUGCGACCGAGGUUCUGGCGUAUAAAGGGGACAGAAAGUAUCUUCUUUUGUGUAUCGAAGAUACCAUGGCUACUUUCCCGCAAUUAUAUUCACCGGAGUCGAAGAAUGCCGUGAUGGCGCAGAAGGUCGAGUUUUCGGCUUACUUGAAUUUAUACACUCCUGCGUUAGAUUACAUGCUGGAAUGCAUGGCAUUGAAAGCGCACGAAAAGCUCUUCUUGGAUUUGCUCGCCAAAUGCAAAAACCUUGGAAACAAGGGGUGAGACAUUUUU